UCCAUCUUCAGUCUAGGGGCGAAAGAAACAACCAAACAAACCGUUUUCCAGCGGAGCUCGUGCCUUCACACAGCGGCAGCCGGACACGUUGAGGCCGGUGACGUCAGAGUAACCAGCCCGCCGUGUUGCCGGGGAAGAUAAUGUAGUUUAUCUGUGUGUUUAUCAGGUAUAACCGUCUCUGGUUCAGACCACCAGGUACGACUUCUUUGAUUCUUCCCUGAGAUCAAUAACUUCAAAUUGGCUGAAAUGGAUGAACAAAGUGUUGAGAGCAUCGCUGAAGUGUUCCGCUGCUUCAUCUGCAUGGAGAAGCUGAGGGACGCUCGCCUCUGCCCCCACUGCUCCAAGCUCUGCUGCUUCAGCUGCAUCCGGCGCUGGCUGACGGAGCAGAGAGCUCAGUGUCCUCACUGCCGCGCUCCUCUGCAGCUCAGGGAGCUGGUGAACUGUCGCUGGGCGGAGGAGGUGACCCAGCAGCUGGACACGCUGCAGCUGUGCAGCCUCAGCAAGCACGAGGACAACGACAAGGACAAGUGUGACGGCCACCUGGAGAAGCUGAGUGUGUUCUGCUGGACCUGUAAGAAGUGCAUCUGUCACCAGUGUGCUCUGUGGGGGGGCAUGCACGGUGGCCAUACCUUCAAGCCUCUGGUGGAGAUCUACGAGCAGCACGUGACCAAAGUGAAGGAGGAGGUGGCCAAGCUGCGGCGCCGCCUCAUGGAGCUCAUCAGCCUGGUGCAGGAAGUGGAGAGGAACAUGGAGGCCGUCCGGGGAGCGAAGGACGAGCGCGUGAGAGAAAUCCGAAAUGCGGUGGAGAUGAUGAUCGCCCGCCUGGACAACCAGCUGAAGAACAAACUCAUCACGCUCAUGGGCCAGAAGACGUCCCUGACGCAGGAGACGGAGCUGCUGGAGUCGCUGCUGCAGGAGGUGGAGCACCAGCUUCACUCGUGCAGUAAGAGCGAUCUGAUCUCCAAGAGCCCCGAGAUCCUGCUGAUGUUCCAGCAGGUGCACAGGAAGCCCAUGCAGUCCUUCGUCACCACGCCGGUGCCCCCCGACUUCACCAGCGAGCUGGUUCCAGCCUACGACUCCAGCACUUUUGUUCUGGUCAACUUCAGCACCCUCAGGCAGCGGGCUGACCCGGUCUACAGUCCUCCUCUGCAGAUAUCCGGCCUCUGCUGGAGACUCAAAGUCUACCCGGACGGGAACGGCGUGGUCCGGGGGAACUACCUGUCCGUGUUCCUGGAGCUGUCGGCUGGACUCCCUGAAACAUCAAAGUACGAGUACCGCGUGGAGAUGGUCCACCAGGCCUCCAGCGACCCGACCAAGAACAUCAUCCGUGAGUUUGCCUCUGACUUCGAGGUGGGUGAGUGUUGGGGCUACAACCGCUUCUUCAGGCUGGACCUGCUGGCCAGUGAGGGCUACCUGAGCACGACGAGCGACACGCUGGUGCUGAGGUACCAGGUUCGCUCGCCCACCUUCUUCCAGAAGUGCCGAGACCAGUACUGGUACAUCAGCCAGCUGGAGUCGGCCCAGAGCGGCUACGCCCAGCAGAUCACCAACCUCAAGGAGAGGUUGGCCAUCGAGCUGUUUCGCCGCCAGACGUCCCGUAGCUCCUCCCCCCCCGACAUGAGGCUCGCCGCCGGCCCCACGGCCUCGGAGAGAGACGGCCGCUCGGCGAAGAGCGACGACGACUUCCAGACGGCGAAGAAAGACCACGAGGAAGAGGAGCGGACGCAGCAGGACGACUCCAACGAGCUGUCUGACGGGGACCUGGAGGUGGACUGCCUGACGGAGGAGGAGGUGAACCCGCUGGACGGCAGCAGCACCUCGGGGAGCUCCACGGCGACCAGCAACACGGAGGAGAACGACAUCGACGAGGAGACCAUGUCGGGAGAGAACGACGUCGACUUCAUCGGCCACCUGGACACGGAGGAAGGAGAACUGCCCGACGACCUGGUGGGAGCCUCAGGAGGAUCCGCCGUGCGUUCUCUCCAUCGUAGCUCCGCCUCUCGCGGCGGGGGAGGAGCUCCGUGCGGCGCCGUGGGCCCGGGGGGCGGCGGCCUCAUGGAGAUCGACCCGGUGAUCCUGAUCCAGCUGCUGGACCUGAAGGAGCGGCGCAGCGUGGAGUCUCUGUGGGGCCUCCAGCCCCGCCCACCGGGGCCCCUGCUGCACAGCCACGCUCCUCAUCUUCACUCCAGGAAGGACCGGGACCGGCGGCCUCAGGCGGUGCGGCGCUCCGCUCCGGACUCGGGGGUCCUGAUCCGCCUCAAGGCCCAGAUGGCCGAGCUCCGCAGCAAGAUGGCCGACGCCAAGAGCCAGUUGCCGGAGCCCCGGGGGCCCGCGGAGCCCCGGGGGCCCGCGGAGGAGGUCACCGCCCACCUCGCCGACUCUGAGAUGACCGCCUGCCGCAAGGCCGUCGAGCAAGACCUCCUGGGGAGGGCCGGCGCUGCUCGGUCCAGACCCGGUCGGCCCGCCAGGAAGUCUGUGUCUCCGGUGCUGGACGGCAGCUCCCUGGUGAUGAAGAGGAGGAGUCCAGAGGAGGAGGAGAAGGAGCUGAGAGAGCUCAGCCUGCAGCUCAAGGAGGUGCUGGCGGCGGCAGAAGGGGCCCUGGCGCCCGACGGCCCCCUGGGGCCCCCGGUGUCUCCCUGCCAGGCGGAGCAGCAGCUGUUCGGGGCCUCGGGCCCCCGGGACGACGUCUUCUCCCUGGGGGGGCCGAGCUACAUGACCGGGGCCAAGAGCUGCGGCAGUCGGGCCCUCGGGGCGGCCACGUUGGACCGUGACUCCGAUCGUUCCCUCCUGGAGGAACCUUCUGCUCCAUCGCUGUCACAGCGAGAUCCGUCGCCGUCCGUCUUGGCGGCGCCGGCGAGCAGCGACAGCGAGGACGAAGCGCUGCGGAGCAACGACUCUCGCUACGACAACCAGACCCCGCCCUGCUCAGGAGAGCAGCUUCUGUGUGACGACGUCAGUCUACCUGCUGACAGGUGAUUCCUCCUAGAACAACAACAACCCACAGCGCUUUCUCCUCACACACACACACACACACACACCUAUCUGUUACAUCUGUAGAGGAGAGACUUACUGUCCAUGAAGUCGAAUCGAGCUUCAUGACUGGCGGUCGUUGCGAUUGCGGAAUAUCGGUGUGAAUACAGUGCCGCUGGCCCUUUAAGAGCUCCUUUUCAAACUGGACUCUCUCCGUUGACUCAUUGUAUUUCUAAUGAGGGGCGAGAGGUGCUGUUGGUUCUUUCUCGGCCAGUUCAGAUAAAACAACAACACAGCUGUUUGUGCAGCGGGAUCUCAAAGUCUUUUACAAACCAGAACCGUCACCUGGUCGUCACACCUGAGUAAACGAGGCCGACAGCCGGCAGCGAGAGUCUGAGGAGGAGAGGCCUCCGCUCCGUCAACACGAGCCGCUGCUGGUCCAGACCGCCUGGUCCGGACCGCCUGGUCCGGGUCUCACUCCUUCACUGGAGUCUGCGUUCUUAUUUAUUUUCUUCCUUCUUGAGGUCGAAGCUUAAAAGCUUGUUUCUGUUCAUUUAUGUAAAUGUCUUCUCCCGCUUAAUUGUGUGUGUGUGUGUGUGUGUGUGUGUGUGUGUGUGUGUGUGUGUGUGUGUGUGUGUGUGUGUGUGUGUGUGUGUGUGUGUGUGUGUGUGUG